AUGCAGGCUGUCCCUGAGUCGCGACAGCAAACCUUCGAGGAGAUCUACGGACCUCCCGAGAAUUUCCUUGAGAUAGAGGUCCGGAACCCCCAAACCCAUGGCACGUCGCGCAACAUGUACACCUCGUAUGAAAUCGUCUGCCGCACCAACAUCCCAGCCUUCAAGCUGAAACACUCGGUCGUGCGCCGCCGCUACUCGGACUUUGAAUACUUCCGCGACAUACUAGAGCGCGAGAGCACAAGAGUCACGAUUCCCCCGCUCCCAGGAAAGGUGUUCACAAACCGGUUCAGCGAUGAUGUGAUUGAGCACCGUCGAGAAGGUCUGCAGCGGUUUCUGCAGAUUGUCGCUGGACACCCGCUUCUGCAGACAGGGAGCAAGGUGCUUGCUAGUUUUAUACAAGAUCCGAACUGGGACCGCAAUGCUUGGUAAAGCCAGCUAGCUUGGGUUCUGUUAUUCUUGAUCGUUUGUUUCUCUCUUUAAAGUCCAAACAGCGUUGCGUUUGUCUGCGUGUCCAUACCACAUAUCCUCAAUUGAUUAUGCCGGCAAAUGGUUCCUGCUAUGUUCAUGAUUGUGUAUACUGCGUUCUGAUUUGCACAUCUUCUUUCUAUGUUGAUUACUUAUACCAUGCUGAUUGCUCGAGUCAGAUGCGUUCGUUCUGUGGAUCUUGCGUUUGUUGUUGUCCGAAUACCAUAUAGUCCCACAUCUACCUUCUGAAUUAAGCUCAGACACAUUGCGUCAGCUCUCACUAACA